AUGCUUCUCAUCCUGACAUCCUUCGUUACCAUUGCACACGCAUCCAGACGACUGGCCAUUGUGCGCGAUGACCAGGGAGGUGUUAGCUUGCUCCACAAUUUUGCGUCCAAUGCUAUAGUUAACUCCGAGCUAACGGACGUCAAUUCAGUUGGAGGAUACUAUCAACUUCGUUCUGCAGCAAGCACGGCGGAACAUGAUACCGAUGAGGAGCGUGCCUACUAUAUGGGGUAUGCAGAGGGCUAUCUUCUUGCCCCUCAAAUUCAAGAUCAUAUGAGGAAUGUGAUGGACGACACCUUUUCUGAGCUCUAUGACGGCAAUUGGCCGAGUAAGUUCCGAGAGUAUGCAUCCGAAAGCAGAGCCCGCAUUGUGCACAACUAUCACACCCACGGACUCGAGCCCUUCUGGGUGGCAACGUAUCUGAUGAGUGACAGGUACAUAAGUGGUCUUCACGCAGGAUACAUGCGCUAUAGUAUUGAUAAUCCGUCUCUGAAGCUGAUUGACAUAUCGGAAGACGAGUUUUACAUGCUCUCGUCAAUAGGUGACUGGGAAAUAGGUCUAGAGCUCCUUCUUUAUGGUGACAAUGAAACAGUCAUCCAAUCCAUUGAGCACAGAGCUGCAGAACAGCUCUAUUCACAUUGCAGCGGGUGUGUGAGAAUAGCAGACGAUUUAGAUGAAAUCUUCACAGGGCAUGCCACGUGGACAUCCUGGGGAUUUGGUUUCUUGCGUGUGAUGAAGAUUUAUGAUUUCAAUUUCCAGACCCUCAACACAACUGCACAGCAAAUUAGCUUCAGCUCGUAUCCUGGCUUUGUUUCCUCUGUUGACGAUUUCUAUAUCGUUAAGGGGACAGAAAAAACAACCGGGCACCCUAUCAAGUUUUCAGUCAUAGAAACAUCCUACAACAUCAUGAAUACUACAGCAGCACUUUCCGCUAUAUCACGAGCCAGUAACACCUCUGUUCUGACAUGGUCUAGAGCUAUGGCAGCAAACCUAAUAGCCUCAUCGGCUGCCAAUUGGCCAGAGGUUUUUACCAACAAAAUCUCUUAUACAUAUAAUGACAAUUGGCUCAUCACCGAUUAUGCUAUCCUGGAUACAAUCAACUCUAUGUGCAAGACACGCGGAGAGCGUGAUAGCUAUAUAAGGACUCAUUCGCCUGUUAUACUGACUUCCUUGGAGGUCGUUCCAGGAUACUAUAAGUCCUUUGAUGCCACUUCCAAGCUCAUCCACGAUGGUCUGUAUGUCAGUAUUAACGUCCCUGCAGAUCCUUAUGUCAGGAAGUAUGGGUACUUCCAUGACGAUGAUCCGUACGAGGGAAGCCCCCGCUAUUCUAUUUUCAUGAGAGAAGGGACCAGAGUUGGUAAUUGUAAGUCUAUGGUAACUCUUAUGCGUCAUAACAGUUAUAAGACCGACAGUGCAUCCAAUAAGGAUCCGGGUAGUGCUAUUGCAUCACGGUACGACCUGCGAUCAUAUGAGGAGUGCGGGAAAAACCCUGCCCCCUUCGGUGCCACAGAUGCCAAGGUUGUUGCCAACUAUAACUUCAACGACAUGAGCUUCUGGGCCAUUUUUGGCCCCACCCUGGGGACUCACAAUGACCUUCCUAAGUUUACUUUUUCUGACUGGCCGGGUCUUCCUCACAGGGGAGUCCCUCACAAUUCGCUGCCUGUCACUACAGUUCCCUCUUUAAUAAUAUUUAAAAACUCUACUCCUAAAUCCCAAUCUCCGAUAGUGACAUCAGUAAUAAUCAUUUUGCUUCUAGCGAUCAUCUCCGCCGUUCUGGGACUUGUAAUAAGAACGGUAAUACAUAGGAAACGCGUAAAACUUAGCAAUCCUAAGUUAGUAGAAGGUACAGAAAACGACGAAAAGCGUGCAUUGAUUAAUCCCGAUGACCCAGCAACCGUGGCAUGCACAACACAGCCGGUCCAAGGAGAAAAGCAAUAG